AUGUUCCCCGUCAGCAGAAUUGAUGGGGGCAACGAUAGCUUACUGGAUCUUAUCUUUCCCCGUCUCCCUGUCAGAUCACUGACGCGAUUCAAAUCGGUAUCAAAACAAUGGUGUGCCCUAAUCUCCAAUGCCCAGUUCGGCCGCCGCCACACUGUUGAAAACCCUAGUUCUCGCAUCCCCUCUGGACUCUACUUAUACAGGCCCGUCUGUUAUCGGGAUAAUACAGUUCAUUCAAUCUCUGUUGAUGAAUUAGGGCGUAAAAUUCCUUCUUUUUCAGAUCCAGUUGAACUACCUGAUAAUGCUCCAAUCAAGUUGAGGCUCCCAGAGAAAAAUAUCAUGCGGAUGGUACAGUCUUGUAAUGGAUUGUCUUUAUUUAGAUUCAAUGCUGUUUAUGCUCAUAAUUUCCAUUGUGUUCGUAAUUUAGUUACGAAUCAACUAAAGUUAGUACCUGUGCCCAAAUUAAAUGCUGAAAAUUAUGGUUAUGUUGCUAAUUGUUGUUUGGCGUUUGAGCCUUUAGUAUCACCCCAUUUCAAAGUUAUAUGUGUGCAAGUGGUUAUUUGUCCAUCCCGACGCCGACUAGUGUCUAAAUUUUUAAAAUUUAGUUCAGAAACUGGUCAAUGGGUAGAUACCAGUGUUUCUGUGGUUGGAACUGGGCUGGAAUUUGCCAGGGGUGAGUAUUGCAAUGGUGCAGUUUAUUUGAUCCGGGUAAACAGGCUAUCUUGCUAUCGUUUUGAUAUCGAUGCUGCGAAAUUGACCCAAAUCGCUCUGCCUCCACAGGCUCGUGGUUCACACUUCCGGCAUUUUGGAGAAUCUUGUGGACACCUGUACCUUGCAGGUGUCCGAGAUAAUACAGCAAAAAUUUUAAAUGUGUACGAGCUGGACCUUGUUAAUAUGAAGUGGAAAAUCAAGCACUGGGUUCAUAUUGAUCGUCUCAUAUCAUCAUUCCCACAGGUUAUUGUGAAUGGGGGAAAUCAGAUGUGUCACUCCACCCAAUCGAUGUUAGGUGUUUUUAGGGGAGAACGGGAUGAAGACUCAGCUCUUAUUGCAAAUGUUUUGGGCACAGUUGUUUCGUAUAAUUUCAAGCGUAAGAAGGUUGAGGUACUGCUAUCUGAGCUCCAAUGGAAGGAUGAUAUUAGGAGUAUUUCUGCUGGACCUCCAUUUGUUCCUGCAUAUCCACUGAUUGCAAGCCUACAUCCUUUGUAA